GUGCUGUUUCAUUAUUCUGGCCAGCAAGGAAUUCAAGAAUUGUGUGUCUUGUGAUAUAAAAUAACAACUGUCCUGUUUUCCCUUUUCGUAUUUCGAUUGUUGCUUCGUACUAUCUAUCAUCUCGUGCUGCUGUGCAGGCACCGACAGCUAGGCCAGACCGCCAACUUCCCAACCCUUUUAUCCCCUCUUCAUUACCUUAGCGGCGCUCUGACGGGGCUGGGUGUUUAUGUGGUUGUUAUGGGCUAGUCGCGCUGUCCCCUGUCCCCAGUUUCAGUCCCUCCUCGUUUCAGUGUUACCAUCCACCGAGCUGCGUCACCCCUUUCUACGUCACCUCUUUAUCGGCAUAUAAGUACGAGAACGGGAUGCCAGCUGGCCAUGGAAUCCCUUGUCUAUGAAAAUUCACCCUUGGCGGAGUAUCUUCGAGGCGAAGGCGAAGACAACCAUGACUGGGUGAUUCCGGAGACAGAUGCCGGGGAGGAUAACACGUCUGACUCGACCCAAAAUUUUGCACCUCGGGGGGCUUCGAGAUUUCAAGAACGCAUCCGGAAUAAGCUUCCAGAUCCUCUUGAUCUAAACACCCCGGGGCGGAAGACAGCAUUCAGCAGGUUUUACGAUGCAUGUUCGUCUCUAUUGAAUUCGCGCAUUGGACGGAAUGACAAUGAAAGGUUUCUCGAACAGUUCGGCUACGUGAUUGUCGCUUCGCAGUUGUUGAAUGAACAUAGUGCACCCUCAUAUACUUCGGCUGCGGAUGUGAUGUCGACAUGGAGGCCAGCAGAGAUGCCAUCACAUUCGGCAAAUUUCGGUCUUCAGGGUGCUAUUGUCACUGGGACAACAUCUUUCUCAAUUGCUUGGCUCCUGCAUUGGGGUCGAUCACGAACUGGCUCUGGGUUUAAUCCCCGGAAGGUCGGUGUGCUUAUCGUCCUUGUGCCGCUUCUUGGUAUGGCUUUCUUCGCUUUUGCAAGACGACAAUGGCUCAAAUACUUGCGGCAUCAGGCGGUUCAAGCCGCUUCUACCCUCGUCAGUAAUGCCCAGGGCUUCGAUUCUGCUGCUUCUGCUUCUGUUGUUUUCAUACAGGAGGUUGAGCUGGUCUCGAGGGGGUACAGAAUAAGUACCCCCCUACCCCCGAUAAGCAGACUCGAGGAUCAAACACAUCUGAGACAGACACGUCGAUGUUUAAGAUUACGCCGGACAGUUUCGGAGUGCUUGUUCUCAAUGCUGGGGCGGUAUGUUCAAGCCCAGCGCACUUUGCAACCACUUACAGACAGUGGCCACCUGGAAAAAUAUUAUGAUAUCUAUGAUAUUUCGGUGGAGGAACUCAUUGAGGCCGAAGCAGGCCUAUCUGAGCCGGAGGAGGACCAGUAUUCUUUGCGCUCCCUCCGCAAUCUUUUCGGCCGUCUACAUAGUGUAAGGAAGAGCGUCCUUUGCUGUCUCCUGGCACUUAGUGCCGAUGGUGGGGGUUCCGAUAUUGCGAGGUGGAGUACUGCCAUUGAAGAGAUGCGGAACCUCGCUACUGUAACCGGGGCAAGUAUGCGGAGGAUGACCAAUAUUCUUAAUGAACAGGACAAUGGCACCGUUGCAGCUCCGGCUUCUUCUUCGCCGGCCCCCUCUCCCAGUAAAGACAACCUCCGUUAUCAGUACGGGAAACUCAACUCUCUUUCUCAGGGGAUUCGCGCUUUACAUGCUAAAAUGCACAUAAUACGCGAGGAAUCCUACACAAAUCUAAACCAAACAGAAAACGCAAGUGAUUUGCAGGCGACACUUCUUGCACAAUACGAAUCCAUCGGGACAGAUCUAAGAAACCUCGUUCAGGAAUGGGAAGAUGGCAGGUCUUCCUUAAUGAAUACCCUGGACAAACAGUCGGCUGCGGAUCGCACUCCACGGUCUUCCACGAACCUAACCUCGCCUCCGUCUCCGGCGUUUAGCCUGAGCGGCGCCACCGCUGUUGAAGGUGGGCCUGCGGAUGCCCUUAAGGCCUUGAACGGUGACAGACCAAGCCCGAGUAAGAGUUAUUUUGUCGAUGACGAGGAGAUAUUUGAAGCGGAUAUAACUCCUCGCAGGAAAAGGGCUUCGCUUACUAGGGAAGAGCGUAUUGCCCGAGUCAAGGAAGAGCGCGCGAAGAAGAUCGCCGCGCGGGACCGAAUCGAUGCAAACACAAGCAUGAUGAAGGAACUCGAAAUGGUGAUAAAGCAACGGCCACGAGGGAAGACUUCCAAACGCGUUACUAGCAUUUGAUGAAACUUAUUAUCUCAUUUGCUUGCCGUUUCCCCCUUCUACUGAGAUUCCUUCGGAGCCUGCAAUUUGAUACCCAGCGUUGCAUAGAGGAUUGGCGUCAGGUGUUGAUAUUUUAUCUUACAUGAUAACAUGUACGUUUUCACUCAUUUUUAAUAUUUGAUCUUAUAUUGCAGCACAUAUCUUUUCGUUCAUUUUAUAAAAGGCUGCAACUUAUCCUUGUCUCCUUUGUUUUCAUCUCGGUCUUCACAUCUACUUUCACUUUGUCUUUUUGCUGGAAUAAUCCAGCCACACAUCUUCCAUGCACAACACUUCAAAAUGUAUGUACCUGAUAGAAUGCAAUAUAGUAAAUAAAUU